AUGCCUAAUGAAGACGUCCAGCGGGACGGCACCGUGAGGCCACCUCCGCCUCUUCAGCCUCGAACCCGCUCCCCCAUCCCCAGAGCACUUGACGCAGCCAAGACCGAUGCUGUCAGACAGCCAAGUCCUCUUUCCCAUACUCCCGUCCGCGCGGCCAUUUCUCGUACUUCGAGCGCCAUCGCAUACGGGCAGACAAUGUAUGGCGUCGGUAUCGGCAAUGUCGCACCCCUCGCACCACCCCGGCCCAAGCUCGACCUCGACAAGGAGGAGCUCACCACCAAGGGAAGAAAGCGUAAACGUCUCGCCAAGGCUUGCAGUGCAUGUCACAAGAACAAGCGCCGUUGCGACGGAUUUGCCCCCUGUUCCAACUGCGAGUUUUCGGCCCGCCCAUGCAUAUACCUUAACGCUCAGGGCGAGCAGAUUCCACCACCCCGCACUCGUGACUCGUCGGCGACGCCAAUGAAUAAGCGCCUUAGCGACGACGAUAAGCCACAGGUGGCAGCGUACCUGGACCAGUCCGGUGCUGCAACCAAUGGCGGCAGCCCUGAAUGGCGUCGUGACUACCGCAAAGCCGCGGGCACUGACGUGCGCGACUGGCGCAUGUCAGGUGAGCACCGUCCUGGACCCUUUGGCCCCAUCGACCUUGUUGAGCGCGACCCAGCACUCCAGGCCGAGUUGCUGGAUAUUGCGCUUCGGCGUACCCCAGCCUACGCUUGCAUGUUCCAUGCCACGACGUUUCACCACCGGUUGUACCUCAACCUCAUCCAACCGUUCCUGCUCGACGCACUGUACGCCAUGGGCGCGAGACUAUGCGAGAACCCGGCGUUCGUCAAGGCGUUCCCUCCCGACACGCCGUCGCACAAGCGCGGCCUCGUCUUUGCCGACCGUUGCCGCUCCCACGUCGAUCGCGUCAUCGAUGCGCGUCAGAGGUGGUCCGAGGACGAGCGCAAGAGGGAUCAGGGCACGUGGGAGGAGACCGAGUUUGUUCAGUCGUGUAUCGUGCUCAGCAUGAUCUAUAACUCGGUCCGCGAGGCACGCCUAGGUUUCUACUACCUCGAUGUGGCGGCCUCUGUCAUGCGCCCAGGUGCGAAUGGCCAGCUCAACCCUCCAUCGCAGAGCCUCAACCUUCCCCCAGCCGAGUUCUUCACAAUGGCCGAAGUGCGCAACCGCACGUUUUGGCUCGUCGUCUUGCAGGAUAUUUGCGCAGUCGCCUCUGGUCACCCGCGGCGUCUUUCAGACGCCGAACUCGCACGCAUUCCUCUACCCGGUCCAGAGAUGUACUGGCAGCGCUACGGCGGUAUGGCGUGUAAUGGACGCGAGCCGGGACGCCGCGACACGAUCACUGUUGGCUCUGGCAACUGGCACAGCGAGGAGGGCCAGGUCGGCGAGAUGGGUCACAUUGUGCGCAUCCUCAUCAUCUUUGCCAACAUCAUGUCGUACGUCAACGCGGGCAACGCAGCGGACCCAAAGUUCAGCAUGAGUUUUGAGGCGGGGCUCAAGGGUUGGGCGACCGAGCUUCCUCGCAACCUGCGCUUUGACGAGGUCAACCUCGCGAGCAUGAUGCCUAAGAUCAAGAGCACGGUACCUGCAAUAGCCUUCAGCGGCUGGGCGUUUGCGUACAUGCACGCGGUCGCCGAAUGUGGCAUGUUUUAUCUCCAGUCGAAACAUAAUGGCUUGCCUACCGCUGUCCAGAGACAGGGCUCGGCGGUGGACAACUUGGCUGUCCUCAUUGGCGCGCUUGGCGAGCGCGGCCGAGAGGGACCUCUCAUGUUCUUCCCGAUCAUGAUUGUGACCUGCUGGACGGACCACCUCCACGCGACCUCGUCGUCGUCGUCGUCGUCGCAGAUGCUCGACGAGCGUCUCAACAUCUGGUGGGCCGAGCUGUACCGCGAGUGGGGCUGGGAUAGACGCGAGACGCUCAAGCGGGGCAUUUUCCCCAACCUCGACAGUCGCAGUCCCACAUUGACAUCGCCUCAGCCAGCCAACCGGGGGAGGGCGGACGGCACGCAUCUCGCCUCGUCACCGCACCUACCCGAGAGCUCAGCGUCUUCCGCGGCGUCGCAGGCGGUAGUCACGCCCUCUGAGCCCUCGUUCAACCGGUACCCCCUGCUGCCGCCCCUGCGUUCACGGGACCGGAACGAAUCGCCGCUGCGCCGCUCGGCGUCGCCGUUGCGGGGCCACCGCGCCCUCGGCUCUGGCGGCAGUGCAGGCUCGCUCGACCGGGGCGAGCGCGACGGCUUCAACCUUCCCCCGCUUUCAUCGUUCCGGUCGUCGCGUGAGGGUUCGCGCGAGCCGCGGCCCCUCGCCGCGCCGAACAAGCGCUGGCCGGGACCGUCGGGCGGCCAGCUGCUUGGCAUUGACGCGCUCGUGAGUGCUGCCGAGGAACACCGGCGCGAGAGCCUCGAGCAGCCGAGUGCGAUGGCGUAG